GGAUGAUGUACAGUGCAGAGAAUCACUCAGAAAUCAAUACCUGGCAAUACUUCUGGCUUCAGCUCCUGCAGACUGUGAUUUUAGGAGCAGAGAAGGGCACAGCUUGCCUGCCUCUUGAUAGGAUUCCUCUUGUGGCUUUUUGCUGUAGUCAUGGGCUGGUUUAACCAGGCUAAUUCAGGACACCUAAUGUGUAGCUAGGGCUCUUUCUAAAGUACUUUGACAAUUCUUAACUUCAUGGAAAGUGGACAUUCUAGAUCUGUCUCCUAAAACAGCUGUAAAGAACUGAUCUAGAUAGAUGGUGUGAAAUUAAUAAGUGGGGCUAAAUUUAGGAAUAGCUGCUUGCUGAAUUUUGUUGCUGGAUUAACUUUCAUGUCUGUAGUUGCCCUGUGGUAGGGAAAGUACAGCUUUGCUUCCUUACAAUGUUUUCUUUCUGGAAAAGCCAGAGGUAAAACUUCAAGUAGUCCAGGGAAUGCUUGUUUUCAUCCUCUUAAUGUUUGAAAAUUCUCACUGUUCAGCUAUUUAUGGUUAAAGCUUUCUGGAUUUUUAUUUUAAGCUAUAACAUCAACUGACGAACUGUACAUCAUUAGUCAUGUAUGAUCAGAAUCACUUCCAUCCUAAUGCAACAGUAGGUACAUUUGAAUCAUUAGACCUGUUCUUCUAGAAAAUGCACGUCUCUAACUCCAACCCAGCUCUUCUAGUGUUAAUUUGGCAAAGAGGAAACUUCCCAAUUCAAACUGGCUUUAUAUCCUUACAUUUUUAAGAGGUAAACACUUUGCUCUUAGUUCAACUUUGCUCCACCACUCUGCUGUAACUUAGAAAAACACAAAAUUUGGUUUUGUCAUGGUUCCUUGGAUCUCUUAGGGCAGGAGUACAGGACUUUGGGGUUCUUGUCUUUAUAUUUUGAUUGACUGAUUUAUGUAGGUGGUGCUGCUAUGUAUGGUAGUGUGUGAUCACUUAAGGAUGCCUUCGUUAAUUCCUGAUUAUUCCUCAUUACUCAAAGUGGAUUUAGGUGCCUACAGAGACUUUCACUCUCUUAUUAAGCAUUUAGAAAUAUUAGUACCUACACAUACAUUCAUGAUCACUUCAUGAAAACUUCAGAGUGCUCCAUGGAAACAGAUUGGGGCUUUUGUUGCUUGAUGUAGUAGACAUUGCCAGUAAACUUUGUUAAUUUGUACAAUAUCUUGACAUGUGCAUGCACAAAGGAUUUCUGUAAAACUCUUCUUUGAUAUUCUUGAUUACUUCAGUGCAGGGACUGUAUUGCAAUCCCCAAAUAGGAAAAUUAUUGGACAUGUUUAACCAAGACUCUUAUUUUGUUAUGCCUUCAGCUUUGCUAAAUAAGUGAGUGGUAGGAGAAAGUCAGAUUUCUGCCUUUAAUCAUGAACUCACUUGUAAGGACUCUUCAAACAGGAAGUCUUUCGUGCCAGAUGUUUUCCUCUACAUAAGAAAAUGGAAUUUCUAUUGGAGUUCAUAUGGGAGCAACAACUGAGUGAAGUAUCAGUAUUCAUUUUUUAAAAAAUCUGGUAGCUCUGCUGAGCUACUAUUUAGCCUCUUUUGGGGAGUACAAAACCCCUGAAAUUUUAGAGUUUCUGUUUUAGCUGGCAGAAGCACUGCACAAGUAUGCACAGGUCAUGAAUGGGGUCCCUAGGAAGAAGACAAUAUCUGUAUUUUAAGCAAGCAUUUAUUAUUAUUUUUCCUCCCAUGUGCCUGUACUGUAUAUUUAAGCCUUUCCUCUAAUGAGAAGAAUAGCAUGCAGCUUUAAAAAACCAGAAACUAAAAUCCCUCAUUAUUGGAGCUAGGGCCUUAAAAGAAGCAGAGGAGAAGCUGUAAUAUGUACCCCAGAAAUUUACUUAAAUAUUCAGUUCUGAGAGUUGGCUGUUAGUAUUUUAUGUUCUGAUUAAUAAUUCUGAUACCUGUCUUAACUGAUUUGUCAUUUUUCAGCACCUGGCUUAAGACUGGUUACCAAGUUCCAGUUAAGUGAUUAGUCCCGACUUGCUGUUGGAAAACAACCUGCAUUUGGAGUUGGAAUGAUAUUCCUCAUUCUUGCUUCUGGCAGUACUUGGAAGAAAGGGCUGGGAGGCAGUGGCACCAGUGUGCAUGUCUGGAACUGUUGCUGCCUCAGAGAUCUUUCUUUGUCCAAGUGUUGACAAAAGAGAGAGGAUGGGAAGUGUGCUGCAAGACUCAUCAUGAAAGACCAAGCUGGAGCUCUGAAGAGACUUUGGUUCAAUGCGUGAGGACUGCAGGACAGUUAUUUCCUCAAGGGGAGCAUCUCUUCUCUCAGAGUGCUGUGAAUGAUGGCCUCGCAGGAGCAGGUCUGGCCAGUCCCAAUGAAGGCAAUUGGAGCACAAAACCUUCUGACAAUGCCUGGAGGAGUCACCAAGUCAGGCUAUCUUCAUAAAAAAGGAGGCACCCAGCUGCAGAUCCUGAAGUGGCCACUGAGAUUUGUGAUUAUCCACGAGGGAUGUAUUUACUAUUUUAAGAGCAGCACAUCUGCAUCUCCCCAGGGUGCAUUUUCUUUGAAAGGUUACAACAGGGUUAUGCGGGCAGCUGAGGAGACAACAUCAAGCAAUGUGUUUCCUUUCAAGUUAGUUCACAUAAGCAAGAAGCACAGGACGUGGUUUUUUUCAGCUUCUUCUGAAGAUGAAAGAAAGAAUUGGAUGCUAUCCUUGAGAAGGGAAAUUGGUCACUACCAUGAGAAGAAAGAAACAAUAACAGAAUUUAGUGACUCUGGUUCUGAUGCAGACAGUUUCUAUGGCUCAGUAGAACGUCCCAUUGACAUCAAGUAUUCCCACCAUUCAACAGAAAAUGAAGAUUACGACCAGGAGGAAGAGGAUGAGUCUUAUUUGCAGCCAGAUACUUCUGACAUAGUGAAAGAUGAUAUGGUCCUGCCCCCUGCGUACCCACCUCCACCCGUUCCUCACGUCAGGAAAUCUCCCUACUCAGAAGCAAGGGCACAUUCCUACUCUGGCAAACCAACUGCACCAGUACCUCCACCACCCCCUAAGAGGAGCUUACCUGAAAUCAAACUAGAGCCACCCCCUGUGCCCCCUUUACCUGUGUUCAAAAAGCCUGCAAGUGGCAAAGAGUCUCACCCGCUGCCUCCCGAGCCUGUGCCUCCAGCCCAAGCCCUUGCUCCUCCAGAAGCUUGUGAGAAGUUAAAAAGUUUAAACCUUUCCCCACGGACUCCUCCUCCUCUGCCAGGCAAUAAACCCAAGUUGUCACAGCUUGCUGAAAAGCUAGCAGAGCCCAAAGUGCCAAGGGAACCUGGUAAACCUGGACUGUUUGUGCCACCAGUGCUCCCAAAGCCACCUGUGCCAAGCCACCAGCCCCCUGCAGCCAAGCCCAGAACAGAGAAAUCUUUAUGUCCCCAGUUACAGAGAUCACCACCAGAUGGGCAGAGUUUUAGAAGUUUUUCGUUUGAAAAACCAGCACUACCCUCCAAGCCAAGCCAACCUGAUGAUGACUCUGAUGAUGAUUAUGAAAAAGUUGGGCUGCCUCUUUCAAUAUUUCUUAAUACCUCUGAAUCCUUCGAAGUUGAAAGGAUAUUUAAAGCUAGUAGCCCACAAGGACAACCACAAAAUGGAUUGUACUGUAUUAGGAACUCAUCUACUAAGCCUGGAAAGGUAUUGGUUGUAUGGGAUGAACCUGCAGGAAAAGUGAGAAACUACAGAAUCUUUGAAAAGGAUGGCAAGUUUUACCUGGAUUCAGACAUCCUGUUUUUGAACAUGGGAAGUUUGGUGGAAUACUACAGCACUCAUGUCUUACCCAGUCAUGACAGCCUGAUUCUCAGGUGUCCUUAUGGCUACUCUAAGCCAAGGUGACAGGACAGCCAUGGCUCACUGACACCCUGCUGCCCCUGAGGACAGAACUCCUGCCAGCUGGACAUCCUGCUGUUUGCACACACAGACUGAGUCUGUGUCCACCAUUUAUUCUCUCAUAAAUUGUUAUAUAAAUUCCAUUUAAUGAACUUCUGGUAAAACCUUAGAGUCCAGAUCAGUGGAUUUUACAAAGAUCUGAACUGAUUAUGCUGUGAAAGCUGUCCAAGAUACCCACACCUUUUAUAAAACUGCUGCUAUUACUAAUCUCCUUGGAAUGUUGAAGAUGCACAUGAGCAAAGAAGUGAUCUGAAUACAGCUGAUCUAGAAAAUGGACACUCUGAAAGUAUGUCAGAAUUUAUUUGUGACAGGGAAUACUAAUACUCUGACUUGGAAAUACUACUCCUAAAGUCAGCACUGGUGCUCUACUGAGAUAUUUUGUAUUACUUGUAUAGCUGAUGUGUACAUAAUGAAGAUUUCUGUGCAAAUCAUUUUAUUUACUAUAGGUAAAGAUGAUCAGGAAAUGAGGCUUUUUUUUAAGCCACCUCUUAUACCCUUGUACCUUCUGAGUACAGUAAUCACUAUCAGGUACUGUCUGGCAUCCCACAUACUCUUUAAUGACAUGCACUUCAGAGAAGAGUGGAGCAAUAUUGAUUUGGCUUUCAUGGGAGCUCCAUGACCUACUUCUGAACUGGAAAGGGUUUGUGCCACUGGUAUUUUUAAAGGGUAUGAGAAAAGAGAAGGGGCUGCUUGAGAUUUUGGGGGAAGGGAAGGGAGCCAUUUGAAUGUUCCAAAUUCCAACUAGCAGCUCGAACUCGCGUUCCCAUAGUCAAAGGUUCUUUAAAACAAAGCACAAAAAAAACCCUAAAACCAUGAUUGUGGUACUACUAUCAAUCCAAAAAUCUUUGUGGUCACAUUUUGUUGUCAGCCAGCUGCAUUCUUUUCUGUUCUAGGGCAAAACACACUACCCUAGUCUGCUACCAAGACUUCUUUUAUUAUUAAAAUUUCUACUCAGUUUGUAGUUGCAUGCAAAACAAAAAUCUGUCUGUAAUCUGUUGUCAGUGAUAUACAAUACCAGGGUGCUUUUAACAUUUGUUCCCUAAUAUUUUGGGGACAGGUAUCCUAAAUCCAAGGGCUUGAUGUUUAUGCCAAAAUUACUCUAUUCCUGAAUUUUAAUAUGGAGGAGAAAUUAAUUUUAAUAACUUCUUAAGUAAUUCUGUUGAUCAAAAAAUAUUGUCAUAACAUCUCAUACUCUAAUAAUGUUUACAAGACUUGUAAUAAUAGUAAAAAAAUUCUGCCACUUCUGAAACAGGAGAAGGUAUCUAGUUUUUAUCAGUCUGAAUUUGUAUUCAUAAACUUUUUCUGUUACCUUUUCAAAGUUUAUAUAUGUCCAUUUUAAUCUUGUUACCAUUAGAUGGUCACAACUUUAAAAUUAAAAAAAAAUAAAUUACAGAAUAAGAAUUUGCUUUUUAAAACAAUAAAUGAGGACUUAGUCCCUAAGGAAUUUUCCUUACUAAUCAGAUGGAUUAUGAGGAUCAUAUACAGGAAUUGAGGCAGGAAAUUCUGCCUCUAUCUUUUUCAAGAGACACAGACACACAAUAUCAGUCUUUUUAAUCUCUGUUCCUGCUGCAAUAGGGCUUAGGUGUGUAAAGAAUGUGAAGUACUUAAAAUUCAGAUUCUGUUGAAUGUUGGAUGUUUUGAGUCUUAUUCCUUUAUUUUAAAUUAGUAUCCCUGCCAUGCACUACCCUGACAUUGAUCCUCUCUAAAGAAGGCUCAGCCAAGACCGCAUUUAAAAACUUUUUGGCAAAUAAUUUUAUGUAUAUCAGAGUAAGUUCAAGUUUCUUGCAAUAUUCACACCUAACUGUCUACAGAGUAAGAUUUUCUCUGUCUGGGAAUAAUUGACUUCAUUGUGUCAUGACAAUAUUAUUUAUAGUAUGUCUCUUUGGGGCCCUAUUCAGAUAUUUGAUUGUUUGCUCAACCUUACACUCAGAAGAUUUUUAAAUUGUAAACAUCCAUUUAAACCAUAACAUGCUCUUUACCUGUGUUAUACAAGAGUUGCAAAUAUGUAAAUUUUUGUGUAAUUGCCUUUUGUAUCUAAAUGUAUAGAUUUCUGAAAUGGAUAAACUUUCAAUGCCAGUCCACCUCA